AGGGGUGGUUUGAUCUAUGUGGUGAUUCAGAAACAAACGAAACCCAGUAGACAUGGCGAAAUCGGCGUCGAAUUCUCUGAUGCAGAGCCUGAAGCGGUUCAUAAAGAAGCCAUGGGAGAUCACGGGCCCGUGCGCGGACCCUGAGUACAAAUCCGCAUUGCCCUUGGCCGUGGAGUACCGCCUCAGCUGCCCCGCCACCGUCAAGGAGAAGCCCAUCAUCCCCAACUCCCUCCCGGAGACCGUCUACGACAUCAAGUACUUCACCCGCGACCAGCGCCGCAACCGCCCUCCCAUACGACGCACCGUCUUGAAGAAGCCCGACGUCGAGAAGCUCAUGAAGGAACAGACCUUCGCCGUCUCCGACUUUCCGCCCGUUUAUCUCAAUUCCGCCGUUGAGGAGGACAUCAACGCUCGCGGCGGCGGAUACCAGUGACUCACAGGUUUGUGCUAUUGUGGGAUGACAUUAUUGGCCCUGUCAACUUUCUGUUAUUUGUCAAUGGAAAGGUCUGUGUAGUCUUUAUCACAGACCUGUAAUGACCGUCCAUUUUAAAGAGGUGUGUAAACAUUUUACAUCAAUAAAGUGUAGCUGGCUGGAGUUAAAGUUUAACUAUAUGUUUACUUAUUUGUGGAUGUGGGAUCAAAAAGUAAAUUGAUUCAAUGACUUGAUAAUGGUUAGAAUAAUUUCCCCUGCUUAUUUUGAUUGAGGGAAGCUUUUGAAUAUCAUUUCAAAAUUUCUUCAGGGCAA